UUACCUCUAGCGAUGCUGUGGGUCACUGCAAGCCCAGCCUGUCGUGUCAGAGCUUGACGUUUUGGGGGUCGGUGGGCCCGACUGGCUGGCCUUCUGUGCUUGCGGAAACUUCCAAACUUUUGCCGGAAGCACCCAGUAUGCCGGGGUCCGGGUUAGUUUCUGCUGGGAGUCCUGCCCGCCUGGCCAGGGUUGCUCCCAGGCGCUCUGCGCAGUCUCAGCGCUUCUGCGAGACUCGGAACUUCCAGUUUCCGUGCUCCAGACCACACGUCCGCAGCAUCCAUGGUUCCAGCCCCAGUUCUCCCUUCCUUGGAGUUUAAGUUCAAAGUCGGGCCCUGCCACUGCCGGCAAAGGGAGACCUUGGCUGCGCUUCUGCUGAGCUAUUUUCCCUACCUCCUAGACCCUCAAUUUGGCUUCUAGAAUUAUAGGGUGGUUUAAGGGUCCUCCUAGCCCCUAGUCCUGGGGUGCUGUGUUCUGUACCGCCUCCUCCUCCGGUCUUGUCCUUAUAGCCUUGAAGACACUCAGUUUUAGCCGUCUUAAUUUUAAGUAACGAUCUGCUGGGGCUCAGUCACCCAAACAUACUUUUUCUUUCUUUUUUUCAUAUCCUUCUUUGUAUAAUUGCCCCCAAGUUUAGUCCACAAGAGGACCGGGCAUUCUGGGCCAGUAGCUAAAAAGUUGAUUUGGGGAUGAUAGAGGGAGCGGCCACCAUGCAUCUGCCUUCGGUACUUGCCCCUGCAGGGAGUGCACAGUACCCCUCCCUAUGCCACCUCCACCAUGCCCCUGUCCCGCUCGCUGAGAUCUGUGGGGGUCUUCCUGCUGCCAGCCCCCUGCUGGGCGCCCAGGGAGAGGUGGCUGGGUUACCUACGGCGGCCCUCCCUGGUACAUGGGUGCCCAGUCCUGGGGGCCUGGCACAGUGCCCGCUGCUGGUGCCAAGUGUGGACAGAGGAGCCUCGAGCACUUUGCUCCUCUCUCAGAAUGAACGGAGACCAGAAAUCAGAUGGUUAUGCUCAGGAAAAGCAGGAUUUCAUCCAGCACUUCUCCCAGAUAGUCAAGGUGCUGACUGAAGAUGAGAUGGGGCACCCAGAGACAGGAGAUGCUAUUGCUCGACUCAAGGAGGUCCUGGAAUAUAAUGCCAUUGGAGGCAAGUACAACCGGGGUGUGACAGUGGUGGUAGCAUUCCGGGAGCUGGCGGAUCCAAGAAAACAGGAUGCUGAUAGUCUCCAGAGGGCCCUGACAGUGGGCUGGUGUGUGGAGCUGCUGCAAGCUUUCUUCUUGGUGUCAGAUGACAUCAUGGAUGCAUCCCUUACCCGCCGGGGACAGCUCUGCUGGUAUCAGAAGCCAGGCAUAGGUUUGGAUGCCAUCAAUGACGCUCUGCUUCUGGAAGCGUGUAUCUACCGCCUGCUGAAGUUCUACUGCCGGGAUCAGCCCUACUAUUUGAACUUGAUUGAGCUAUUCCUGCAGAGUUCCUAUCAGACGGAGAUUGGGCAGACCCUGGACCUCAUCACAGCCCCCCAGGGCAAUGUGGAUCUUGGCAGAUACACUGAAAAGAGGUACAAAUCCAUUGUCAAAUACAAGACAGCUUUCUACUCCUUCUACCUGCCUAUCGCUGCUGCCAUGUACAUGGCAGGCAUUGAUGGGGAGAAGGAACAUGCUAAUGCCAAGAAGAUCCUGAUGCAGAUGGGAGAGUUCUUCCAGAUUCAGGAUGAUUACCUUGACCUCUUUGGCGACCCCAGUGUAACGGGAAAAAUUGGCACUGACAUCCAGGACAACAAGUGCAGCUGGCUGGUGGUUCAGUGUCUGCAACGGGCUACUCCAGAACAGCGCCAGAUCUUGCAGGACAAUUAUGGGCAGAAGGACACCAAGAAGGUGGCCCAGGUGAGGGCACUGUACGAGGAGAUGAAUCUACCAGCUGUGUUCUCCAAGUAUGAAGAAGACAGUUACAGCCAUCUUAUGAGUCUCAUCGAGCAGUAUGCUGCGCCCCUGCCCCCCACCAUCUUCCUGGGGCUGGCCAACAAGAUCUACAAGCGGAAAAAGUGACCUAGAGACUCUCAGGGCAGGGAGGGAGGGCGGGCUCUCAAUAAAUUAUUGUGUAGUCUUC